UUUCCAGUAACUAGACAUUUGACGGGUGUCAGCAGACGGACUAUGGGACUUGCUUCAUUCUGACAGACAAACACAUCACACACAUAUUCCAAUUGCAAAGUUACAAGGCAAAGUUAAACCCACGCAGCAAAAACCAAAUAGUGACGGAUCAUUGUCAGCUAUUCUCUUGCAGGGAGUUAUCUCGCCCGGCCACUGAAAAAGAAGAGGCAGGAGGUAUUUAUCACAGGGUUGGUUUGGCAGCAGCUCUCCAGAGAUAACCAGCGCUGGGUGGAGCUGCCGGGAGGUUUAGUGAGUGGAGCAGAAUGUGUAGCGGAGGCUGGGCACACCUGCUCUCACUUUCUGUUUAUUUUCACACAACGGGACGUUGCCAUGAAGAGUAAGAAAGAAACAAGUUAAAGAUUGGGGAGUUCGGUGUGAAGCGGAGAUGCCACUUUGUCUCUGGUUGGACAUUCCCUGUAUUGUCUGGGAGGAAACCAAUGGAGUUGUCCCACGGCAAUAGCUGAGCUCCCUCUUGUGCUUCUUCUCCUUCUGAUGGAAUCAUGGAAAAUUCCACCAACAGCUCCAGCUGCACAGUAAACAAGGAGUUCACAUUCCGCUACUUGCCUUCUGUUUACCUCAUCGUCUUUCUCGUCGGCUUGUUUGCCAACGUCUUCGGCUUGAGGAACUUGAGGAUCAACCGUAAGAAGUGGACGUCCCUCAACGUCUUUGUGCUGAACCUCGGCAUCGCCGACCUCCUCUACGUCAUCACCCUGCCGUUCUUCGUGUCCUAUUAUCUCAAGGGGGAAGUGUGGUUAUUCGGCCAUGGAUUCUGCCGCCUCGCCCGUUGCCUCUUUCACGUCAACAUGUACUCCAGCAUCAGCUUCCUCACCUGCAUCAGCGUCCAACGCUACCUGGGAAUUGUCCAUCCCAUGAAAAUGAUGGGGACCUUCCAGAACCUGCGCCUCUCUGUUUAUAUCAGUGUGCUCAUGUGGAUAUGGGUCAUUGUCCAGGUUAUCCCCAGCUUUUUUAUCUCCGAGAGCGACCCCGAUAUCGCCCACUGCCACGACUCCACCAGCAACGAAAAUCUGGAGAAACUGAAAUAUUAUACACUUUAUACAAUGAUCUUAACCGUCACCGGGUUUCUCAUCCCGUUCCUCAUCAUCGUGGUGUGUUACGCCAGGGUCCUGACCGUCCUCCGGAGAAAUAAAAAUAUCGACCCGGUUUUAAAGAGAAGGAGCAUCAAGCUGGUGGUGAUAGUGCUGGCUUUGUUUUUCAUUUGUUUUUUCCCCUUUUAUAUUUUACGGAACUUCAAUUUGUUCUCGAGACUUUGGCAGAAGGCGGGGACAUGCUCUCCCUCCCUGAAGAGCGCCUAUAUCGUAUAUCAGGUCACGCGAGGGUUGGCCAGUAUGAACAGCGCCAUCAACCCUCUCCUUUACUUUGUGACCAAUGAGACCUUUGCUAUGAAGUUCCAGAAGAUGCGGAGGUCCACCUUGCGUGCUUUUGUGUUUCUCGGAAGGAAUCAGGACAUCACUCUUUCUGGGAAUACUGAACUUAAAGAGAUAUCAGAAUCAGAGGCAUAAUCAUGGAGGCAGGAGCUAGUUGGAGGUCCAGGAGGAUAGAAGGCCUGGCCAGCAACUCUAGUUGGGGUGGAGCUGUUGGAACUACAACUCCCUACAGUCUUGAGCUGUGGAUGGGUGCUGCAAGGUGCAAACCUUCAAAAUGCAGGACCAUCUUGAUCUAACUGCAUCAGGGUUGCCAGGUUGGUGGUUUUCCAGCUAAAUUGGGCUACUAAAUUAAAGCCCAGGCGUACAAACUAGCCAAGCUACGGAUUUGGGAUCCUUGUUGGUUUGUACUUUGAAAACCAGCCAACGUUUUUUCCUGCCCCAAUAUGCCAAGCCUGCGUCUCCCAAUGCAUGUUGGGUAAUAUAGUGUUUUGUUUAACAAUUUGCCAACUGCCAAGUUUAA